AUGGAUGCAGCAAUCGCAGCGGUCCUCCGGCAGGCCGCCGCGGCCAUCGGUGAGCCCGACCGCGCCGCGCAAGUGAAACGAGUAGCGGUCGAGGCCCGCGCGGGCGACCUCGCGUACCUGAGCGGCGACGACAGCGACGACAGCGACGACGACGCCUGGGAGUACGCGGCGUGUCCGGACGCGGAGCAGCGGUUCGAGGCUGUCGAGUCCGCGCUCGCGUAUCGCUACGCGUCGUCCACGUUUCAAGACGCGGACCUCGACGCCGUGGCGCACUUCGCGGCGCGCGCUGCCGUCGCGUGCGGCGCCGUCGGUCACCGCGGCGCCGCGGCGCGCGCGUUCCUCGACAAGGAGGUGGACCGCUACCGCCGACGCCUCCACGCGGGCGCGACGCGCCUCGCCGCUGUUGAUGCGGCGCGCGCGCGGCCCGGCGAGCGCCAGGACGACCCCGACCUCGAGGCGCCGGAGCACGUGGCCGCGUACCUGCGCCCCAGCGGCGCGGGCGCCAUCGUCGCGCGACGGGCGACGCCGGCGUUCCUCAACGACAUGAGCGGCGACCGGCGCGGCGUCGUCGUGUUCCGGCGUGUCGCGUUCUUCCUCAGGGACGGCGCCGCGUGCCGCGGCAUCGCGGUGCGGCGCUUCCGCCGCAAGCUCUCGGCGGCGCUGCGGCGCGGCGCGCUGCGGUCCGCGGAGGCGGUCGUCGGCAUUUCCGACGACCCGGCGGUGGCCGCCGCGGAACGGCUCGUGCGGUGGGCCAGCGCGGUCGCCGCGGCCCAUCGGCCGGGCGCGCGCCUGGCAAUCAAUUGUAUUGGCGACGUCGACGACGCCGUCGCGAAGCGCCGCGUGGCGCCUUGCUUCGUGCGGAUGCACAAUCAGCUCCGCCACCGAAAACACCUGAAGCACAAGGCGCGGUACCAGUACUGGUGCUUGUUGUCCGCGUUGGGGGCGCCGGUCGACAUCACGAUCGCCUUCGGUAAGGUGCGCUGGAAGGACUGGUCGAUGCGUGAGAACAAGUGGAGCUACGGCGUGCGACACGCCUACGGCCUCGAGGGCCAACGCGUGGUUUACUCCCCCACCGGUUGCGACAAGAUGAUCAAAGGCGACCCGGCCGGCAAGGGCGAGGAAGGCGGAUGCCACGACUGCCCCUUCGUGUACGCGGCGGACGUGGCGGGCCUGCUGAAGGGCGCGUACGGCCUCGCCGACGGCGACGUCGCGGCUAUCUUAGCCGAGGCCGGCCCGCGGCGCCAGUGCCUCGCGACGUUCCGGGCCGCCCACGGCGCCGACGCGUACGACGUCGCACCGUUGGAACGGCGGCUCCGCAAGGCGCGGGUCGACGCGCCGGCGAAGGAGGUCGCCGGCCUCGAGCGGGAGCUCGCGGCGGCGCGGCGCAGGACCUUCGAGUGCCCGACACAGUGGACGGACCGGAGCCUCGCCGUGCGCGAGCCCGACGACGCGGAGGAGGGGUUCGACGGCGACGACGCCCAUGACUACGAGGACCUCCUGGCGGCUGUGAGUUAAGUACUGUUGUUAGUUCGAC